GAUGUCCUCCAAAGGUAAAUUAGAUUACAGCAAGUGGGACCACAUUGAAAUAUCGGAUGAUGAAGAUGAUACCCAUCCAAACAUUGAUACUCCAAGUUUGUUCAGGUGGAGACAUCAAGCUCGACUUGAGAGAAUGGAGAAAGAAAAGCAAGAAAAGGAAGAAUUUCAAAAGGGAAAAUUAGACCAUCAACAAAAGUUGCUGUCUAUAAGAAGCAAGAUUAAAGAUGCUGAAUCAGGUGAUAAGAGCAUUUCAGAGGAUGUGUCAAAAUUAAAAUUGGAGUUAUCAGAGUUAGAAAAACAAGAAGCUGAAUGGAAAGCUAAGGAAGAAGAUUUAAUGAAGAAAGAAAAGCUUACACCUUUAAACAUUGAUACGAUAUGCAAAGAAGGAAAGAGUAAAACAAUAAUAAAUAAAGAUGAGCCCAGAAAAAAGGAUAAUUUAACAGAAGAUGAAAAAAUUGACAGACAGCAAAAGUUUACUAAAGAAAAUGAACAGCUAAUAAAAAAGUUUGGAAUGCUGAAAAGGUAUGAUGACAGCCAGGAGUUCCUCACAGCUAACCCUCAUCUUGUCUGUGAAGAAACUGCAAACUAUUUGGUCAUUUGGUGCAUAAAUCUUGAAGUGGAAGAGAAGAAAGAUCUAAUGAAUCAUGUCGCUCACCAAACAAUAGUUAUGCAGUUUAUAUUAGAACUUGCUAAAUCUCUUGAUGUAGAUCCAAGAAGUUGUAUAAGGGCAUUCUUUUCCAGGAUCAAAUUGGCAGAAAAGCAAUACACAGAUGGUUUUAAUGAUGAACUUGACUCAUUCAAAGAUAGGGUGAGAAAAAGAGCUCAAGCAAAGUUAGAAGAAGUAAUGAAGCAAGUGGAAGAAGAAGAAAGACAAAAAAGAUUGGGGCCAGGAGGUCUUGAUCCAGUUGAAGUGUUUGAAUCAUUGCCUGAUUGUAUUCAGAAAAAUGCUCAAUUCCAGAUCCUGAAAGAAUGUUUUGAGAAAAAAGACAUAGCCAUGCUACAAGAUGCUGUCACAAAGCUACCCAAAGAAGAAGCAGAGUACCACAUAAAAAGGUGCAUAGAUUCAGGGCUGUGGGUUCCUGAUGCCAAAAGUUCCAAAGUACCUGAAGAAUCUGAGGAAGCAGGUGAAGAUGAAAUUUACAGUGAAGCUUCUGAAGCACAUGAUAAAGUUCAAUGA